GUACUACUAAUAUUUUGGCCCAUACACUCUAUGGUAUUAAGCAUGCAGUGACUGCAACACUGCACAUUGUACUGGGACACAUUCAGCCAGUAGAUGUGUGCACUUUCAGCACUCCAAGCAAGCUGCUGCGCUUUGGGUUCUCGGCUAUGUUUGGUUUCGGCGCGAGGACUCUUGCUUUGGCUGAAAAACACCGCUGGAUGCCCUCCAGUCAGAGGAAGGAUUUUGCUUUUAUCAAAACACUGGCAGAUCUCAAGCCAGAGGAAUGUGAAUUAUCAUUUCUACCUCUACAAAUUCCACGGGAGGACUCUCCUGAGAAUGACAGAAAGAAGAAAGAGGCAGUUAAAAAAAAGGGUAGCAAGGAUCAAUGGCAGAAAAUUCAGGGUCACUUCCUGAAUGUGAGCAUUAUGGCAAUCCCUUGUCUGUGUUCAAUGGCACCAAGAGGCUUGGCACCUAAUACGAGGUUGAAUAAUGGAAGCAUGGCUCUUAUUGUUGUAGAAAAUACUUCUCGAACAGAGUUUAUAAAGCAUCUGAAAAGAUACACCAGUGCAAAAAAUCAGUUCAAUUUCCCCUUUGUUGAGACCUACACAGUUCAGGAAGUAAAAGUUAAACCAAGGCUUAAAAAUGGACUUGAUGCCAAAGAAAAUACAUAUCUGAAUGCUGCUCCUGCAGAAGGAAAUUACCCUUGGAAUAUUGAUGGAGACUUAAUGAAAGAAGCAUCAGAAGUUCAUGUUCGGGUGCAUCCUCAACUUAUUGAUCUCUAUGGAGUGAACACUGAUGACCUGGAGAGUUCCCAAGCAACAUGCAACUGCAUAUAG